GACACGAGAGAGAAAGGGAGGGGAUGAAAGGGCGAAGGGAAGGCUGAAGUGGCUCGGCGCUGUUGCCCAUAUGUUCAGAAGGCGUAUGAGCGGGCACCCUGACUCACGAGAGCGUCAGACCCCGGCGCACCGACAACUGGAAGCCACGCGCAGCUCCACCGCCGAGUCAGAGGAGUGAAAAAAAAAAAAGUAGCAGAGGAGAAGAGAAGAGGAGAGAGGAGAGGGGAGAGGGAACGGAGCCACAACAGUAGUAGGCUGUCCCACACUGGCCGCUGCUGGGCGAUGACGUCACGCGCCCAUGUGACCCAACCUCUCCAUUGACAGCGCAUGGAGGGCAGGAAAGAGACGAGUUUUAAAGCUGGUGUCUUUUGGGUUGUGUGAGGGCUCUACUCGCCUCCCAAACAACCACAGAACCACAGACGUGCGGCGCGGGCUGGUGCACGAGGGCGACCUGGAGCCUAAAUGGUUAAAUAUUACAGGCCAGAUCGAGUCACAGGGACGGCGCGGAGACCGUAAGACGUGUCAAGGGUCACGGAAACCACAGAAGAACAAAAGUGGGGCUUGCUGGGACCAGAGGCAGCUAUGGCAUCCAACAGCCUCUUCAGCACCGUAGCACCAUGCCAGCAGAACUUCUUUUGGGAUCCCAGCGCCAGCCGGAGGUUCAGCCCGCCGUCCAACAGUCUCCAGCCGCUCCCAGGGAAGAUGAACGAUGUGAGCUCUCCGGGGCCCGGGCAGCCUGACGCGGCGGCGGCGGUGCCCAGACUGCGGCCGCACGAGAACCGGAGCAUGGCGGAGAUCAUCGCGGACCACCCGGCUGAGCUGGUGCGCACAGACAGCCCCAACUUUCUGUGCUCCGUGCUUCCGUCCCACUGGCGCUGCAACAAGACUCUGCCCGUCGCCUUCAAGGUGGUUGCUCUUGGCGAUAUCCCGGAUGGCACGGUUGUCACGGUGAUGGCGGGGAACGACGAGAACUACUCUGCGGAGCUGCGCAACGCGUCCGGAGUCAUGAAGAACCAGGUGGCCCGCUUCAACGACCUGAGAUUCGUGGGACGCAGCGGCAGAGGGAAGAGCUUCACCCUGACCAUCACAGUAUUCACCAACCCGCCCCAAGUUGCCACCUACCACCGCGCCAUAAAGGUCACCGUGGAUGGACCCCGAGAGCCCAGGAGGCACCGUCAGAAGCUGGAGGACCCUCCUAAAGCCGGCCUCUUCUCGGACAGACUGAGCGAGCUGGAGCGGAUGAGGGUGAGGGUGACCGUGCCCACCCAAGCACCCAGACCCAGCCUCAACACAGCACCCAACUCCUUCACCCCACAGGGUCAGACGCAGAUCACAGAUUUAAGGGAAUCCCAGUCCUCUCCUCCCUGGGGCUAUGAUCAGACCUACCCGUCCUACCUGAGUCCCAUGGGGUCCCCCUCGCUCCACUCCACCGCCCCCCUCUCCUCGGGCCGCUCUACGGGCCUGCCUGCCAUCACGGACGGGCCCAGACGAUUGACAGGUUCCUCUGACUUGAGUCCAUUCUCUGGUCAGUUCGAGCGUCAGUUCCCGAGCCUCUCCACCCUGACGGACACGCGCUUCCCCAGUCCCAGGAUGCACUACCCGGCCGGCUUCACCUACACGCCUCCCGUCACCUCCCCCAUGUCUCUGGGCAGCGCUCACUACCACACCUACCUGCCCCCGCCGUACCCGGGCUCCACCCAGAACCAAAACGUACCCUUCCACCAAACCAGCAGCACGCCUUAUCUCUACUACGGCACGUCAUCCAGCUCCUACCAGUUUCCCAUGGUGCCCGGAGGCGACCGCUCACCCUCCAGGAUGAUCCCGCCCUGCACCAGCGCGUCGACGGGCAGCACCCUGGUCAACCCCAACCUGCCCAGCCAGACGGAGGGGGGCGUGGAGGGGGAUGGUAGCCACAGCAACUCCCCGACCGUGCUCAACAACGGCGGGCGGAUGGAUGAAGCUGUUUGGCGACCAUAUUGAAGAAAAUAAAGCAAAGGCAGCGUCAUUUCUCGUGAGGUUUGAAAGCACAACAUUUAGGAAGAAGAAGAAGAAGAAGAGGGGGUUUCUGUGCGCGGAUCAGCUAAAACUAUCUCCGCCUUUAAAAGUUGGAAGUGAAGGUUGAGAUUAAAAGAAAGAAAAACAUGAGACUUGUUAAGGCCUGUCUCCCUUAAAUGUGUUUUGACCAAGGCACUACAAAGGGAGGAAUCUGCAGCAAUAUUGACGAAGAUUCAAUGUCCUUUAACUUUUGUAAGCCCGAGUGGAGGAGACUACAUUCUCUUUUCAUCAUCCACAAAGCUGUUAUUUUUGUACAGUGUUUGAACUUUGCUAAGGCUUUUUGCUGGGCUGUGUUUUGUACUAUGACACUAUUGAGACAAGUGAAGCACUGAGGAGUAGAGGAGAGGUACUUUAGAGGUACUUUAGUGGUACUUUAGUGGUAUGGACAAUCCUUUUUCUUUAAUUUAACUUGUACAUUGUGGGUGAAACAUGGAUGUAGAUUGAGGCGAUUUUGUUUCUUUGUUUUAACUUAUAAAGCCAUAAAUUAUGUAUUGUAUUUGAAACUUGAGUCGAAGAAGUGUAAUCUGAAUAUUUUUGAUGCAUCUAUAUGACUAAGUUAAAUGAAUUGUUUUGAUAGGUAAUUUAAAGAGUGAGAGGUUUAAUUUUGUAGCACCCAAAGAUAUAAAUGGUUUGAAUAUGUAAUUUCCAAAGAGUAUUGCAACAUGUUUCUUCUGGAGUAACUUUCAGUUAAACUGCUCCUCGUAUUAAGAGCCCAGAUCCAUACUAGGCGUUGACACGCAUUUGGCUUGGAAUGAAACCUUGGUAUUUAUUGAGCAAUAACUCGUAUUGUGCCUCUUGGCAACGCACCAUGAAAGAGCUUCAAUGGAGAAAGUAAUUAUGCGUUGGGGAAAUUCUGCUUCAUUUGUUGAGUUUGUUCCUGAUGAGCGUACAGAUACUUUCUGUAUCAUUGGGGCUGUUGGCUCAGAGGAGCUCCUGGCUCUGCCCCCAGAGGCAGACUUUGAUAUUUGUGAUAUUAUUCCUCAGGAUGGAUCCUCUCCCGACUGGAACGAACUGCCCGUCUGCGCCCACCACAAGACGCCACAGAGCAGGGGGCACUGAGCAUGUGCAGAGCUCAGAGCUGAGAGCAGGGGCACUGAGCAUGUGCAGAAGACUGCUUUCUAAAAGUGAGUCUUAGUGUGAGACACAUCGUCCAUCUCAGUCUGUGAGACUGACGCAGAAUCUAAACUAUGACAUUCCUUUUAUUAUUUAUUUUUCUCCUCUGCAUUUGACUUGUUUACCAAACUGGUUUGUAUCUUAUUUCUUGCUCUUGUCAUAAGUGAACACCACAAUGAGGGAGUCUGAUGUACACAGUUUCAAAUGAAAGGUCAUAAUUUAAAGAUGUCACAUUAACAGGACAAAGUGAAACAUGGAGGAGAUUGGAAGCAGCUGCUGGCAGCAAACCCUGUGUAUGUUUGUUUAUGAAGCACUUACUCUCCUGAUUCAGCUGCACUUACAGUGGGCUGCCAGCAGAGGGCUCUGGGCUUUUGGGCCCUCACAGUUCAUACUCACACAUACAGAAUGGAGAACACUUGGCCAAACAACAUUUACAGUCAAGUUGAAUCUGAUCACUCUGGGCACUUGGUAUUCAUUUGAUUUUUUAAAACUUUAUACAAUUUGAUAUUCAGAGCAUGAAGGUAAUACAAUCACCCGAUUCUCCGGAGCUGAGAAAAACAGGGGCCAGUCCAAGGACCAGGAGAGGCUUUCAUUGCAGGUUUGCACGCAGACUUCUCCUGAUGGGAGUGAACACACCACGUUCCCCAUCGCCCAGACCAAAGCACAGGUCUGUCUGUGUUUCUGGUGUAACAGAAGACCACAUAUAAAAGUCUAUUAGUUAAUUUAAUGUAAACAACCCUCUGGUAACCACGGCCACGUGUUGGACUUAACUGAAUCCCUUUUUCUCUUUAGACUUGACCAGGAAAUGGUCUUUUUAAAAGUGUUUACACAUCAACGCAGCACUGACAUCCACUCUGUCCUCAUCUGUUUUUGUUUGUGUUGUGUUUUUCAUGAGGUUCAACUUUUUUUUUUCUUUUUUCAAUUUCAAUUUCUUUAUAAUGUAUUAUUUAAUGACCACCAUGUAAAAUAUGCAGGAACAGACCUUUGCUUCCUUUAUGUAAAAUGUACUUACGUCUGUAAUUUUGCUUCUUCUCUCAUGAACUCUUGUCAGGAAAUCCUCUGAUGGACCUUCCAUUAGAAAUUGCUGGUACGUUUCACAAACAUCUUUUUUAAGGGAUUCAAACCUGACAACAGUGAGUGAAAUUGGCAUUGUGAUUGUACAUUUGUUUAUUUUAUGAAUAAAAUAUGACUUUUGUAACUUA